AUGUUUGAGGAGAUAAGGGUGAAGAUGAUGAAAAGAAUUGGUGAUUGGAGAGAGUUUUCAAACACUUGGAUCACUGAUAUAUCUCCUAUGUCUUUGAAGAUUUUGCAAGAAAACAUUCAAAAGUCUAUGCAAUGUAACUUGACUUGGAAUGGAGAAAGAGGUUUUGAGAUUAAACACCAUGGGUUUACACACACUGUGGACAUUGUUAAUAGGAGGUGUAGUUGCAGAUCCUGGCAGCUUAGGGGAAUUCCUUGUCCUCAUGGUGUUGCUGCCCUUCAUUACAAAAACUUGGAACCAAUCCAUUAUGUGGCUAGCUGUUAUAGCAAGGAAACCUACCUCAGCACAUAUGCCCAUUUUAUUCAGCCAAUGAAUAACAUGAAAAUGUGGUCAACCUCAAAUAAUCCAAUUGUAAAGCCACCAAAGAUCAGAAAGUUGCCUGGAAGACCAGUUAAGGUUAGAAGAAAGGAAGCAGAUGAAAGCAGAAAAACUGGAAAGUUGAGCAAAAGAGGCAAGAAGUACUGGUCCAAGUCAGUCAUCUGA